AAAACUGGCGGGAAGUUAAAGAAACAAACAAAAUGGCGUCUGAUGAACAAGUGAUAAAAGACAAGGAAAGAGUUCUUCAGACCUCAACUCCAUUUAUUAGGACCUCAGUUCAAUCAGCCCAAGGAGGACAGUUGGACGGGAGUCUGUUUGAAAUCCCAACAAAGAAACAGGACUCUACAGUAAACCUUGAUACGAGCCUCUUGGAUCAGACGAGCAGAAACGAGGAGACCACCUCAGAGCAUAACAGCACCAAUGUUACUCAACUCAACGCCGGGUUCAUUAAUUCUACUAGCGUCUGCUCAGAAUCUGAGUCAAUUGUACAACAGCCUAACGAGACUGAUAGAGGAUAUCUUGAUGCAAUAAUUGAAGAAGAAGAAGAUGAACAGCCUGCCGGCAUUGCUGCCUCUGAUACUGGUGAUGCUGCCGUCAAGACUGAAACCCAGACUGCUGAGACUGAGACCCAUACUCCUGAGAUUGAUACUGCUGGAACUAAUACUGAUGCUUCCAAUACUGAGACCAAUACUGCUAAGACUAAUAUCGAUGCUUCUGAUACUGCUGAGAUUGAUACUGCUGAAACUAAUAUUGAUGCUUCCGAUACUGAUACCCAUACUGCUGCUGAGGCUGAUACCUGUACUGCAACUCAUGCUGAGACUGAUGCUGCUGAUAUUGAAAAUUCCAUGGAUACAGAGACUUCCAAGACUGAUACUCAUUCUGGCAUUAAAUCAUCUACAAAAGCUGCAAAAGAGAGCAAUUCAAGAUAUAUUGAGUCAAAGACGCAGCAACCAGAGAAACAAAGGAAGAGAAAAAGAUUAACAAAAGCGGAGCAGGCAGCACUAGAGGCUUUGGAAUCAUUUGGUGGGUCAGAUUUGGGCUCCGUUUUACUCAAAAAUGAAACAUUUGAAGAGCGUCUAGCAAGAGAUAAACAAGCACUCGAGUCAGAGUCAGGAAAGAUGGAGGGAGUCCCUCCUGCAAGGAAGAAGACAAGACUUGAACUUGCACGAGAAGAAGCAAAGCUUGCUUUUGAAAACAUACCGUUGGGACAGACUGAUAAACGGACUCCUCCCCCUGCCCCUCCCACAAUUUAUAAGGAUGUUAGUGAGCGGAAGCUAACACGGACGCAACGAGCGAAACUUGAAGUACUUCAGAGUUUUGGUGGUACUGGUUUUGAUGACCUUUUUCCAAAAAAGAAAGAAGAAGAGGAGGAGGAGGAGGAAGAGGGAGAAGGAAAAGCAAAGGAAGGCAUUUUUGAAGAGGACAAGAAGGAGAACAAACCUGUUUCAGAAACUGGCUUGACCAGUUGAAUGCUCAUAUACAUGUACAUUGUUAAACUUGGACUCAAAAAAUGUCAUAAUAAUGUAGUUUGUUUUCCCAAAGGUGCAUCACUGUUAUCAUAACAUGAUUAUUAUUAUACUGUAUCAAAUUCCAUUUAACAUUAAUACAAUGAUCAA